GUGUCAACGCGUGACGUCGAUAGUCGCAGCCAGCAGGAGGUUUUGCUCGGCGAAGUAACUCUCGGCAUCAACAGUGUCUUCCACCUCGGCUUCUUCUUCGUCACUUCACCCAGCGAACAAAGAGUCCAGAACCACGACGCCGUCGGGCAUGUUAGCGUGGCGUCGGAACGGAAGCGUCCUGUGCCCACGUCGCGACUAGUCCAGACAUGAGUAACGUUAAUGUGAUGUUCUGGGAUCACUUGCAGGCUGGCAGCUCGGACGUGGACUGGUGCGAAGGCAACUACCUCAUCUACUCGGGCAUCGCGGAGUUCUACAACACGAUCAGCAACAUUUUGUUUUUUGUUUUGCCGCCCAUAUUAAUGUGCUUGUUCCGCCAAUAUGCAACACAUUUCAACAGUGGGAUUUACCUCAUUUGGACCCUGCUGGUGGUGGUCGGUAUCGGAUCCACAUACUUCCACGCCACCCUCAGCUUCCUGGGGCAGAUGCUGGACGAGUUGGCCAUUUUGUGGGUGCUAAUGUGUGCCAUCGCCAUGUGGUUCCCCAAAAGAUACCUCCCCAGGAUGUUCAGGAGGGACCGGUCAAGGUUCAAAGUGGUGAUUGGCAUCUUGUCAGGGAUCACCACCGGGUUGGCCUUUGUGAAGCCUGUUGUGAACUCCCUGUCACUCAUGACGCUGGGCAUCCCCUGCACUGUGCUGCUCAUCACCGAGCUUAAAAGGUGUGAAAACCCACGUGUGUUCAAGCUGGGCCUGAUCUCAGGGAUCUGGUGGGCGCUGGCUCUGCUCUGCUGGAUCAGCGACAAGAUAUUCUGUGAAAUGUGGUCGUCGGUCAACUUUCCCUACCUGCACUGUGCCUGGCACAUCCUCAUCUGUCUGGCCUCCUACUUGGGCUGCGUCUGCUUCGCCUACUUCGACGUGGCCUACGAGGCCCCCGAGCGAGGCCCCGUCAUCAUGUUCUGGCCCAACGAGAAGUGGGCCUUCAUUGGCGUCCCUUACGUCUCCUUCCUCUUCGUGCACAAGAAGUCCACUAUCAAGGUGACUUAAGGUCGCCUGCGCACUUUCAGGUUGCUCACCUGGAUGACGCAGGUGGUCUUUAUUACCCAGCAGUGCUUCUGCCAGCAACAUGUGCCACUAGCCAUGUGGCGCUCCUAUCCUACCAUGCUGGAAACAACGCAUGUGAUGGUCCAUGAAAGUAUUACGCAUUUGAUGCUUCAGUCCACGUGGUUUACCUGCCACAGGAACUCAGUAUUCCACUGCCUCGCAUCUCUUGGGUGCAGUCAACCAGCAUUAGUGACAACAAUGCACUGCUAACUGCUAUCAUGCAACUCUGUCGUUAGACCCAGCAUGCGAUUGGAAUGCUGUUUACUUUAGGAAUAACCCAUAUAUUAGAGAACAAUGAAUGAAGAGCCAUGUAACCAACGUUGAAUGUACUGGAAUAUGUACUGAAGGUUCAUAGAUAUCCUUUUAGUGACAAAUAGCAGACAACAUUUCAGGUCAAUAUGGGUUUUUGGUUUUUAUUACUUCUUAAGCUAGAAGUAACUUUCUAAUCCUCUUUUUUGUUUGAUUUAUUGAUCCUACCAUGUUCUCUAGGGCAGUCUUUUUCAACCACUGUGCCGCGGCACACUAGAUACAGUCUGGUGUGCCGUGGGAGAUGAUCUAGUUUCACCUAUUUGGGUUUCAAAUAUUUUAUGCAAACCAGUAAUUAUAAUCCGCAAAUGAUGUGUCGUUGUUGAGUGUCGGUGCUGUCUAGAGCUGGGCAGAGUAACCGUGUAAUACUCUUCCAUAUCAGUAGGUGGCAGCCGGUAGCUAAUUGCUUUCGUAGAUGUCUGAAACAGCGGGAGGCAGCGUGAAGGUAAAUAGGUAUCUAAUGCUUAAACCAAAAAUAAACAAAAGGUGAGCGCCCCUAAGAAGAGGCAUUGAAGCUUAGGGAAGGCUAUGCGGAACGAAGCUAAAACUGAACUGGCUACAAAGUAAACAAAAACAGAAUGCUGGACGACAGCAAAGACUUACUGCGGAGCAAAGACGGCGUCCACAAUGUACAUCCGAACAUUUUUUUUUUAUUUAUUGAAGUAUUUAUUUCGAACCUGCACAGUACAACAAAACAUUUUUAUUUUUAUUUUUUUUUACAUUUUGGCAGAGACAUUUAUGCAAGGCUUGAAAAGGGGUUGGAUGAAGCAGAUGCUUAUAAUAUCCCAACCCCUCUCACUCAUUCCACGUGUAACAUAAACAAUAUAAUACAAGAACAAUACUAUACAAACAAAAACAAGAAAAGCUCCUGUACACUAACAAUACAAUAGUACCACUGUUACUUUGAUACAACAUGACAUGACAGUCAACAAUGUCCCCACAAAGAAGGAUUAAAAACAACUGAAAUAGUCUUGAUUGCGUAAACAAAGUAGACGCGGGAAAUGUCGCUCGAAGGAAGACAUGAAACUGCUACAGGAAAAUACCAAAAAAAGAGAGAAAGCCACCAAAAAUCGGAGCACAAGACAAGAACUAGAUACAGUCUGGUGUGCCGUGGGAGAUGAUCUAAUUUCACCUAUUUGGGUUUCAAAUAUUUUAUGCAAACCAGUAAUUAUAAUCCGCAAAUGAUGUGUUGUUGUUGAGUGUCGGUGCUGUCUAAAGCUAGGCAGAGUAACCGUGUAAUACUCUUCCAUAUCAGUAGGUGGCAGCUGGUAGCUAAUUGCUUCGUAAAUGUCUGAAACAGCGGGAGGCAGUGUGAAGGUAAAUAGGUAUCUAAUGCUUAAACCAAAAAUAAACAAAAGGUGAGCGCCCCUAAGAAGAGGCAUUGAAGCUUAGGGAAGGCUAUGCGGAACCAAACUAAAACUGAACUGGCUACAAAGUAAACAAAAACAGAAUGCUGGACGACAGCAAAGACUUACUGCGGAGCAAAGACGGCGUCCACAAUGUACAUCCGAACAUUUUUAUUUUUUUUAUUUGAAGUAUUUAUUUCAAACCUGCACAGUACAACAAAACAUUUUUAUUUAUUUAUUUUUUUUACAUUUUGGCAGAGACAUUUAUGCAAGGCUUGAAAAGGGGUUGGAUGAAGCAGAUGCUUAUAAUAUCCCAACCCCUCUCACUCAUUCCACGUUUUACAUAAACAAUAUAAUACAAGAACAAUACUAUACAAACAAAAACAAGAAAAGCUCCUGUACACUAACAAUACAAUAGUACCACUGUUACUUUGAUACAACAUGACAUGACAGUCAACAAUGUCCCCACAAAGAAGGAUAAAAACAACUGAAAUAGUCUUGAUUGCGUAAACAAAGUAGACGCGGGAAAUGUCGCUCAAAGGAAGACAUGAAACUGCUACAGGAAAAUACCAAAAAAAGAGAGAAAGCCACCAAAAAUCGGAGCGCAAGACAAGAACUAAACAGCAAAAAACUCCAAAUAAGUCCAAUGAGAUGUGACAGGUGGUGACAGUACACCUACUUUGAGACAAGAGCUAUAGUCAUGCAUGCUUGGUUAUGCUUUAAAGGCCUACUGAAAUGAUUUUUUUUAUUUAAACGGGGAUAGCAGAUCUAUUCUAUGUGUCAUACUUGAUCAUUUCGCGAUAUUGCCAAAAUUUUGCUGAAAGGAUUUAGUAUAGAACAACGACGAUAAAGAUCGCAACUUUUGGUAUCUGAUAAUAAAAAGGCUUGCCCCUAGCGGAAGUAGCGUGACGUAGUCAGUUGAACAUAUACGCAAAGUUCCCUAUUGUUUACAAUGAUGGCCGCAUGAAGUGAGAGAGAUUCGGACCGAGAAAGCGACAAUUUCCCCAUUAAUUUGAGCGAGGAUGAAAGAUUUGUGGAUGAGGAAAGUGCAAGUGAAGGACUAGUGGAGAGUUGAAGCUAUUCAGAUAGGGAAGAUGCUGUGAGAGUGACCUGAUAUUCAGCUGGGAAUGACUACAACAGUAAAUAAACACAAGACAUAUAUUUACUCUAUUAGCCACAACACAACCAGGCUUAUAUUUAAUAUGCCACAAAUUAAUCCUGCAUAAAAACACCUGCGUGUUUGUUAUGCUAGCUCCUAGCUCCUCUGCUAGCUCCUUGCUCCAUAGAACACGCCAAUACAAUUCAAACACCUGAUCAACACACACAAUCACUCAGCCCAAAAGACCGUUCACCUAACCCAAGGUUCAUAAAGCUUAUAUAUUUUAAAAAGUUACGUAUAUACGCAAAAAAAAGUUGCGCACAUACGGUCAAGCGAUCAAAUGUUUAGAAGCCAAAGCUGCAUACUCACAGUAGCACGUCUGCGUCUUUGUCAUCCAAAUCAAAGUAAUCCUGGUAAGAGUCUGUGUUGUCCCAGUUCUCUACAGGCGUCUGUGUAUCCAAGUCAAAAGUCCUCCUGGUUAGAGUCUCUGUUGUCCGAGUUCUUCCAUCUUGACUGCAUCUUUCGGGAAUGUAAACAAAGAAGCGCCGGCUGUGUACUGUUGUGGCUGACUACGUUCGAAAAAUACGUCCAUUUCGCACCGACAACUUUCUUCUUUGCUUGCUCAGCUUCUUUCUCCAUAAUGCAAUGAACAUGAUUGCAACAGAUUCACCAACACAGAUGUCCAGAAUACUGUGGAAUUAUGAAAUGAAAACAGAGCUUUUUCGUAUUGGCUUCAAUGUGGAAGGCAUACCCGUGUUCCCCGGGCUACGUCACGCGCAUACGUCAUCCUCAGAGGCGUUUCGAACCGGAAGUUUAGCGGCAAAUUUAAAAUGUCACUUUAUAAGUUAACCCGGCCGUAUUGGCAUGUGUUAUAAUGUUAAGAUUUCAUCAUUGAUAUAUAAACUAUCAGACUGCGUGGUCGCUAGUAGUGGCUUUCAGUAGGCCUUUGAAGUCAUAUCCAACACUUGUGAGGACUUUUUACUGUCAACUGAGUUUCGUUUUUUACUGAUUUCUGCUGGUGGUGUGCCUCCGGAUGUUUUCAACGCAAAAAAAUGUGCCUCGGCUCAAAAAAGGUUGAAAAACACUGCUCUAGGGUGUGUUCAGUAUUUUAGAUGGUAUACUUACAAAAAGUAUGGCACAUGUGUAUGAACAAGCCAAAAUCCAACUGGAUGCUAAAGGAAAGAAAGAUGCACAAUCCUCCUAUGCACAUGUUCAUGCCAGGGAUGCCCAAAUGUGGCCCGUUGGCACAUAUUUAUAGUGGCGUCUUGCAAGCUGCACAAUCAUGGACGCCAAGACCGCCAGCCUACACUGUUAAAAAAAAAGGCAGCAGAUUUUACUGUAAAAAAACCCCAACAACUGGCAGCUCAGUUGCCAGAAGUUGGAGGUAAAAUCAUCAUUUUGACAUUUUAAAAACAGCGAACGUAGAUUUUACGGUAAAAAAGUAGCAGCUCAGUCGCCAGAAUUGUGCCGUAAAUAUAAAAGUGGUACUGUUUGUGUAAGUUGUAGUCAUGCAGUUUGUGUAAGUUGUAGUCAUGCAGUUUGUGUAAGUUGUAGUCAUGCAGUGUACAAAACAAACUGGCAGCUCAGUCAAAAACAACAGUUGUUCCAUUUACAGUCAUGCGGUGUAACAACACCAACAAAUGUAAGGUAUAGGGAUGUCCGAUAAUGGCUUUUUGCCGAUAUUGUCCAACUCUUUAAUUACCGAUACCGAUAUCAACCGAUAUAUACAGUCGUGGAAUUAACACAUUAUUAUGCCUAAUUUGGGCAACCAGGUAUGGUGAAGAUAAGGUACUUUUAAAAAAAAAUGAAUCAAAUAAAAUAAGAUAAAUAAAUUAAAAACAUUUUCUUGAAUAAAAAAGAAAGUAAAACAAUAUAAAAACAGUUACAUAGAAACUAGUAAUGAAUGAAAAUGAGUAAAAUGAAGUGUUAAAGGUUAGUAUUAUUAGUGGAGCAGCAGCACGCACAAUCAUGUGUGCUUACGGACUGUAUCCCUUGCAGACUGUAUUGAUAUAUAUUGAUAUAUAAUGUAGGAACCAGAAUAUUAAUAACAGAAAGAAACAACCCUUUUGUGUGAAUGAGUGUAAAUGGGGGAGGGAGGUUUUUUGGGUUGGUGCACUAAUUGUAAGUGUAUCUUGUGUUUUUUAUGUGGAUUUAAUAAAAAAAAAACAAGAAAAAAAAAAAAAAAAAAAAAACGAUACUGAUAAUUAAAAAAAACGAUACCGAUAAUUUCCGAUAUUACAUUUUAACGCAUUUAUCGGCCGAUAAUAUCGGCAGAUAUCGGACAUCUCUAAUUAUUAUGCCUAAUUUGGGCAACCAGUUAUGGUGAAGAUAAGGUACUUUUUUAAAAAAUGAAUCAAAUAAAAUAAGAUAAAUAAAUUUAAAACAUUUUUUUGAAUAAAAAAAGAAAGUAAAACAAUAUAAAAACAGUUACAUAGAAACUAGUAAUUAAUAAAAAUUUGUAAAAUGAAGUGUUAAAGGUUAGUACUAUUAGUGGAGCAGCAGCACGCACAAUCAUGUGUGCUUACGGACUGUAUCCCUUGCAGACUGUAUUGAUAUAUAUUGAUAUAUAAUGUAGGAACCAGAAUAUUAAUAACAGAAAGAAACAACCCUUUUGUGUGAAUGAGUGUAAAUGGGGGAGGGAGGUUUUUUGGGUUGGUGCACUAAUUGUAAGUGUAUCUUGUGUUUUUUAUGUGGAUUUAAUAAAAAAAAAAACAAGAAAAAAAAAAAAAAAAAAAAAACGAUACUGAUAAUUAAAAAAAACGAUACCGAUAAUUUCCGAUAUUACAUUUUAACGCAUUUAUCGGCCGAUAAUAUCGGCAGAUAUCGGACAUCUCUAAUUAUUAUGCCUAAUUUGGGCAACCAGUUAUGGUGAAGAUAAGGUACUUUUUUAAAAAAUGAAUCAAAUAAAAUAAGAUAAAUAAAUUUAAAACAUUUUUUUGAAUAAAAAAAGAAAGUAAAACAAUAUAAAAACAGUUACAUAGAAACUAGUAAUUAAUAAAAAUUUGUAAAAUGAAGUGUUAAAGGUUAGUACUAUUAGUGGAGCAGCAGCACGCACAAUCAUGUGUGCUUACGGACUGUAUCCCUUGCAGACUGUAUUGAUAUAUAUUGAUAUAUAAUGUAGGGAGCAGAAUAUUAAUAACAGAAAGAAACAACCCUUUUGUGUGAAUGAUUAUGAAUGGGGGAGGGAGGUUUUUUGGGUUGGUGCACUAAUUGUAAGUAUCUUGUGUUUUUUAUGUCAAUUAAAUUUAAAAAAAACAACAACAAAAAACGAUACUGAUAAUAAAAAAAAACGAUACUGAUAAUUUCCGAUAUUACAUUUUAACGCAUUUAUCGGCCGAUAAUAUCGGCAGACCGAUAUUAUCGGACAUCUCUAGUAAGGUACAAUUCCGGUGACUGAGCUGCCAGUUUUUUUUAAUUUUUAUUUUCUAUUAAUCAGUCCAACAACGCCAUAAUAAUACAAUUCCAAUUCCAAAACCAAACCCGGCCCGGCAACAUUCAGAGUAGCAAUCAACAGAGCAUCUGAGAGGACACACAAACAAUCCAAAAUGAUUUUUAAUCAUAAAAUCUAUAGAUUUUUGUUUUCUUUUUACAGGUUAACUAGUUGCAUUUAUAUUCAGGAACCCCUGCUCUAGGGUCAAGUCGAGACUUUUUGACGCCCACGUCCUGUAAUGAAAACCAAAAGGCUUUGAAAUGUAGCAUCCUGCACACGUCUGACCUGGCUGGCUGGGUCCAGUUUGAAAGCCAGCGGAUAAAAAAAUCUCUAGGAGGAGCUGCUUACUGAACAACACCAGGAAAUGGCCAACAUCUGCAGAAAAUGACAUUUUUGAAUGUUUUUCAGGUUAGAAAUGUACAAAAGCAGUGAAGUUGUGUAAAUGGUAAAUAAAAAGAGAAUACAACAAAUCCUUUUCAACUUACACUAGUGUUCCAAAGUUUGGGGUCACAUGUAAAUGUCCUUAUUUUUGAAGGAAAAGCACUGUACUUUUCAAUGAAGAUAACUUUCAACUAGUCUUAACUUUACAGAAAUACACUCUAUACAUUGCUAAUGUGCUAAAUGACUAUUCUAGCUGUAAAUGUCUGCUUUUUGGUGCAAUAUCUACAUAGGUGUAUAGAGGCCCAUUUCCAGCAACUAUCACUCCAGUGUUCUAAUGGUACAAUGUGUUUGCUCAUUGGCUCAGAAGGCUAAUUGAUGAUUAGAAAACCCUUGUGCAAUCAUGUUCACACAUCUGAAAACACUUUAGCUCGUUACAGAAGCUACAAAACGGACCUUCCUUUGAGCACAUUGAGUUUCUGGAGCAUCACGUUUGUGGGGCUCAAUUAAACGCUCAAAAUGGCCAGAAAAAGAGAACUUUCAUCUGAAACUCCACAGUCUAUUCUUGUUCUUAGAAAUGAAGGCUAUUCCACUAAAUUGUUUGGGUGACCCCAAACUUUUGAACGGUAGUGUAUGUUCAAUUAAUAGACUGCAAAGACAAGAUAUUUCAUGUUCACACUGAGAAACUUUGCAAAUAAUCAUGAACUUAGAAUUGAAUGGCAGCAACACAUUGCAUAAAAGGCAUUUUUACCAGUGUGUUACAUGGCCUUUCCUUUUAACAACACUCAGUAAAGGUUUGGGAAGUGAGGAGACACAUUUUUGACGUGGAAUUCUUUCCCAUUCUUGCUUGAUGUACAGCUUAAGUUGCUCAACAGUCUCCCUUCUCAUAUUUUAGCUGCCACACAUUUUCAAUGUCUGGACUACAGGCAGGCCAGUCUAGUACCCACACUCUUUUACUAUGACUGUUGUAACACCUGGCUUGGCAUUGUCUUGCUGAAAUAAGCAGGGGCGUCCAUGAUAACAACAUAUGUUGCGCCAAAAGCUGUAUGUACCUUUCAGCAUUAAUGGUGCCUUCACAGAUGUGUAAGUUACCCAUGUCUUGGCCACUAAUACACCCCCCUUUUAAUCCGGAUGGUUCUUUUCUGUUUUUUUUCCAGAGGACACGACGCCCACAGUUUCCAAAAACAAUUCCUCAAGUCUUUUUUGCCACUUGUGCCAGCUUUUUUGAAACAUGUUGCAGGCAUCAAAUUCCAAAUGAGCUAAUAUUUGCAAAAAAUAACAAACUUGACCAAUUCCAACAUGAAAUAUCUUGUCUUUGCAGUCCAUUCCAUUGAAUAUAAGUUGAAAAGGAUUUGUUGUAGUCUCUUUUUAUUUAGCAUUUACACAACUUCACUGCUUUGGGCCUCCGUACAUAAAAGAUGCAGAUUUGUACAUCAACUGAGUUAGACACACUGCUGUGCGACAAUAACUGCGAUCUUAUAUUUAUUUCUACAUGAGGCUAAAUUCCUCACAUGGUUAAAAAUCAGUGUUUGGCUCGCGGAUCUUUGGCACAUUCUCACUUUGGCCUUUGCAGGCAAAAUGUUUGGGCAGCCCUGGUUUAUGCUAAUCUUCCUGGCGUUAUGAAUGCAUCAAGACCAUUUUUUUUAAUUAUUUUUUUGUAUGGGUAACAUAUUCAGACAGAUUUUACUGUCAUUAUUUGGCUGAAAAUGAAGUGAAAGUCUAUUAGGGAUGUAAAAGGGAAACAUUGCUUUAAAGCUAACAUGGUCACCAAAACCUCCCGUCCAAAUAACGACAUAGGAAGAGGAAUGAUGAAGGAUGAGGAUGAGGAGUAGAAUGAAUGAAUGAAUGCUUUUGAUAGCCUAUAUUUACUUCCUUUGUAUUGCCAAAUGCUCUUCUAUUUUUCAACGUGGCCUCCAGAAGUCCUGGACAGUAUUGGCAAUGUGAGCACAUUCGUAUUUAUCAAGUGUUUAUAAGGUAAGUUGUUCUUUUUCUUUCGUUGGCAGCACAAAAGAAAUAUUUAUUUUCAUAAUUUAUGCUGUUUUAUAAACAAAUAUUUGUAAUAGCAUAUAUAACAUUGGUACUUUUUUUAUGCAAUAAAUUGAGCC